AUGUUGCCUGUGGAACUGCAGCCGAUGUUAUCGGGAAGCUCACGAAAUGCAACAAGAGUCGAAGAGACGCCAUCCAUCCUGCCCGUCGAAAAUCACGAGCUCUGGGUUGGUCAGAACUACGAUCCUACCACUGCACUCUUAUCAGGUUUUACCAAGGAGGCAACACAACCGGCAAACCUCCCUGAGGGUUCGGCCGUGGCUGGCAAGUCAUUGAGACAGCACAAGGCGCAACCGCUAAUGCGGCUAUCAGAGAUCAAACCCAAUGUCCUCACGGACAUGAUUGAUGAUCAUCUCAGGCCUACGGAGGAGGAGCUCAAGACUCUCCCUCGAGUUGCUGACGAGAUUCCAUGGCGGGUGUACACUGUUGCUUUUGUGGAACUUUGCGAACGCUUCUCCUACUACGGCACUCAGAUCUUGUUCCAGAACUUCAUCCAGCGAAGACUCCUGACACCGACCGGCCGGGCUCCCAACCCUGGCGGUGACACAGACAACAAUCCCGGGGCUUUGGGUCAAGGGCAGCAAAUCGCCACGUCGCUCGGCACUUUCUUCUCCUUCUGGUGCUACGCACUCCCGCUUCUGGGAGCGUGGAUGGCCGAUACAUAUCUUGGAAGAUACAAGACGAUCAUGAUUUCCAUCGCCUGUGCCAUAGUCGGCCACGUUAUUCUGACAGUGAGCGCCGCGCCAUCUGUCCUGGAGAACACCCACGGUGCACUGAUCGCCUUCAUCGUGGCCAUCAUCAUCUUCGGCCUGGGAACUGGUGGGUUCAAACCUAAUAUCUCGCCACUCAUCGCGGAGCAGAUCGUUGGAGAGCACCUGCGAGUUUCGACGAACAAACGGGGCGAGCGGGUCAUCGUCGACCCUGCCCAGACGUCCGCUCGCAUCUACAACUGGUUCUAUCUCUUCAUCAACAUUGGCGCGCUCACGGGCCAGCUAUCCAUGUCAUAUGCAGCCCUCUACGUGGGCUACUAUCUCGCAUUUCUGUUACCGACCUUGAUGUUCCUGCUCUGUCCUAUCGUUCUUAUCGCUUUCAAGAAGAACUAUCGACUCACUGCGCCGCAGGGCUCUGUCCUGGGCCCUGCGAUCAAGUUACUCUGGCACGCCACCAAGGGCCGGUGGUCUCUGAACCCGGUGCGCACCGUCAAGAACUUGCGCCGCGCCUCCUUCUGGGACGACGUGAAGCCGUCGCACAUCCCACCAAGCCGGCGUCCCGAAUGGAUGACCUUCGACGACGCCUGGGUGGACGAAAUGCGCCGCGGCUUCAAAGCCUGCUCCGUGUUUCUCUGGUAUCCGCUGUACUGGAUCGCCAGCAACCAGAUCAACAACAAUCUCACGUCGCAAGCGGAUACGAUGCGCCACGCAGGCCUGCCACCGGAGAUAGUCAGCAACAUGGACCCGCUGGCGUUGAUCAUCCUGAUCCCCAUCUGCGAUCUGGGCAUCUACCCGGCCCUACGCCGGGCAGGGAUCCAAUUCACGCCGAUCAAGAAGAUCACGCUGGGCUUCUGGACCGCCGCGGCGGCCAUGGUCUAUGCGAGCGUCUUGCAGAACUAUAUCUACAACCACAACGACUGUGGACGGUAUCCAAGCGCGGGUCUUCCAGACGGAACAGAUUGUCCGCCGGCACGAAUCAGCAUCUGGGCCCAGACCGGCAUAUAUGUCCUCGUUGCGAUCAGCGAGAUCCUGGCGUCCAUCACGAGUCUCGAGUACGCCUUCACCAAGGCGCCCAAGAACAUGCGCUCCAUGGUCCAGGCGUUCGCGCUGUUCAUGACCGCGGUCGCCAACGCCAUUGGGGAAGGCUUGAUUGCUUUGUCCACCGAUCCGCUGCUGGUCUGGAAUUACGCGAGUAUGGCGCUCAUCACCUUUGUGGCGGGCUGUCUGUUCUUGGUGUCGCAUAGGCAUCUCGACGCUGAAGAGGACGCGCUCAAUCAACUUCCUGCAGGCCAAGUCGGCCGUGGUCGUGCUGCCGCCCUGCAGCCUCUCGGUGGCGGUCGCCUCUCUCGCACUGCGAGUGUUUCGAAUCUUAGCGAGGCCAGUGCUGGGUCGGAAGACAGGAUGCUGGCUGAUAAAGAAUGA